AUGAGUAUUACUCAAAAUCACCCUGACAGCCUUACAGGGCUGGAGAAGACUAACAGCAGCAAUGCGAAGACGCUGGGCCAUCUUCGUCUGCGGCAUGCUGAGACCAACGAGAUUAUCCUAGUCCCGGCGCCGUCUUCAGACCCUAAGGACCCUCUCAAUUGGCCGAGGUGGUUCAAGAUGUACACGGCAGUCGCUGUGUGCUUUGCUAUGAUUCUGUGCAAUUUUCUUGCGGCAGGUCCCACGCUGGCCAUUCUCCAGACUGCACAGGACUUCUUCCCCGAUUGGAUGGAGACUGGCAUGGCUAGCCCUAUCGCAAAGACUGCUUAUUUUUUCAGCUCCACCGCACUAUUCCAGGGUUUGGGUAAUCUACUCUGGAUGCCCCUGACCAAUAAGUAUGGUCGUCGCCCCGUUUAUGUGGUUGCCUUUACCUUGUAUACAGUCACUGCCAUCUGGUGUGCUGUCGGCAAGGGCUACGCAAAUUUCUUAGUGGCAAGAAUUUUCAUGGGAUUUGCCGCUGGGGCAGGAGAGUGCCUUGCCCCUGUUACCAUUACGGACGUCUACUUCCUCCAUGAGCGUGGAUCUAUUACCGCGUUGUAUAACGCCUCUCUUAACCUUGGUGUCGCUGCUGGAGCUAUUAUCGACGGCUUCAUCGUUAAGUACCACCCAUGGCGCUAUAUCUACUACGUCGCUAUUGCUCUCAUCGGCGGUGUUACCCUUAUCGUAUACGUGACAUUCCCAGAGACGGCGUUUAUCAGAAAACCAGCGUCUGGAGAUGAUGUUACUACAUUGACUGCCUCUAGUGAACGUGUCUGUCGCGUUACAAAAGGUGAAGAGGCCGGUCAUUCCGAAAACCUCGAAGUUAUUAUCCCUAAUGAGCCUGCUCAAAACCGCGGCUGGUUGAAACAAGGUCUCAAGUUGUACCACGGCACCUAUACCGAUGAGCCGAUUUGGAAAAUGGCGAUUCGUCUGAUUGGACUCUUGAUCCUUCCACCAGUUCUUUGGGCGACGCUGGUUAUGUCGGUGACUAUUGGUUUUAUCGUGGCUGUCACUUCUAAUGUUUCACCAGCAUUCAAUACGGCUUAUGGCUUUGAAGCUUGGCAAUCUGGACUCUGCUUCUUUUCCGCUAUCAUUGGAGCAUUGAUUGGCGUUUUCCUUGGAGGCCAUUUCUCUGACUGGGUCGCUGACUACUUUACUCGCCGUAACGGUGGUAUUCGAGAGCCGGAGAUGCGUCUUCCUGCUAUCAUGAUCGGUACUAUUACCGGACCUCUUGCCCUGGCUCUGUACGGCUGCGGUAUCCACUGGAAGAUGCACUGGAUUGUUCCUACUAUUGGCAUUGGCUUGAUCAACUUCACCAUCACCCAGGCCACAAACGUAUCCCUAGUGUACACUAUUGAUAGUUACCGUCCUGUCGCCGGCGAGGUUGUUGUCACCCAGCUUGCUUUCAAGUCUGCCUUCGGGUUUUUGCUAGGAUUCUACACGAACCCAUGGGUUGACGAGGAUGGUUACAAUGUGGCCUACGGCGAAAUGGCCGCGAUCUGUGGCGCUGUCCUCAUGCUCUGGGUCCCACUCUUCAUUUGGGGCAAACAGAUUCGCGAGAAGUCUAUUAGCUGGCGGGUUAUGCGGUGGGCGCAGUGGAAUACCGACCGAGAGGUUGGCGAGUAA